CCUGUACCCAACUGAAUUGUGCUUAGACCUUUAAUCUUGAAUCAGUUCCUUAAUAACAUUUCUACUUUCUGUAGUGAUGUAUUUUAUUAACUUUGACGUACCUAUAUUAUAUAUCGUCUACAAUAGAAAGUAAAUAAGAUUAGCAUAAUUUCUACAUUUAGAAUUUGUUAUUUUAAUUUUCAAUUAUGUGGUACUGACUGUUGUUUCUGUUUAUAAAAUACUAUACAAUCCCAAUCAAAUCACUGACACUAAUCUAAAAGUAAACGCCCACAAGUGUCUUUAAUACUAAAAACAACAAAGACUAAAAUUAUUGUCAUAUAUUUUUUAAAUAAAUCUUUUAAUUAGAAUGAGUAUUUUAAAAAAGAGGUUAAAUAAAUAUGAUGAGAUGCUUAAGGCUGACAAUAUUGACAUUCCCAAUCUCAGGAAAUUGUGCUUUCAUGGAAUACCAGAUGAAGGGGGCAUACGGUCUUUAUGUUGGAAGCUGUUAUUAAAUUAUCUUCCUACUACAAGAGCUAGUUGGUCAGAAACUUUGACUCGAAAAAGGGAAUUAUAUCGCACUUUUAUAGAGGAUCUUAUUGUAACUCCAGGAGAAUCAAAUGUCGAUGGAGAUAGAGUUGAUGUCACAUUAUGUGACCAUCCCCUAAAUUUAAAUCCAGAUAGUAAAUGGCAAACGUACUUUAAAGACAAUGAAAUUUUACUCCAAAUAGACAAAGAUGUCAGGAGGCUGUGCCCAGACAUAUCAUUUUUUCAACAAGGAACGGAAUUCCCCUGUAAGGUAAUAGUGGCUGGUAAUGGACAAAAACGUUUACAUCGUCGAGUACAACACACUGUUUUACGAAGUGCAAAUGUUGAAAGAAAAGGAUUAGGUGUAACUAAGAUUGCAGUUUCUGUAAGAAAAGCGAUAGAAGACUAUGCACCUCUACCGGAAGGAAGCGAGGCUCAUUGGGAAGUUCUGGAAAGAAUACUAUUUUUGUAUGCAAAAUUAAAUCCCGGCCAAGGCUAUGUUCAAGGAAUGAAUGAAAUUUUAGGCCCUAUUUAUCAUGCAUUUGCCUGUGAUCCUUGUAUUAGUUGGAAAGAAUACGCGGAAGCGGAUACAUUCUUCUGUUUUACAAAUUUAAUGGCAGAGAUACGAGAUUUUUUUAUAAAGACUUUGGAUGAAGCUGAAUUUGGAAUUAACUCGAUGAUGAUUAAAUUAACUCAACAUGUGAAAGAUAAUGAUCGUGAAAUUUGGCAGCGAUUAAAUCAACAAGAACUCUGCCCGCAAUAUUAUAGUUUUAGGUGGCUCACAUUACUUUUAUCACAAGAAUUUCCGUUACCUGAUGUUAUGCGAAUAUGGGAUUCCUUAUUUGCUGAUGAACACCGAUUCGAUUUUCUAAUUCAUAUUUGUUGCGCUAUGAUCAUGUUAUUGAGAGAUCAACUGUUAGUUAGUGAUUUUGCAGCAAAUGUCAAACUUCUGCAGAAUUUUCCAUCAAUGGACAUUCAGAUUGUUUUAUGCAAAGCUGCUGCUCUUGCAGGAAUAUCACUCGAUGCGUACUGAAAAAAGUGAAAUUUCUUCCGGAAAUCAGGGACUGAGAUUGUUAUUAUUAUUUGAGCAAUUUAAUUUUUACUUAUUACUAUAUGUAUACAACAGUUAUAGUUUUGUAAGAAAAACAUAUAUAUAUAGAAAGAGAGAGAAAAUUAUUCAAUAUAUUAUAAUUUUGUCAAUGAAGACAUUACUUUAAUUCUCGAUAAUGAAUAAAAAAUGGCCUAUUUUAAUUUCUUAACUGCACAUUUUCGCAGAAAAACAGUUAAUUGCAGAUCUGAUUGUUAUAUAAGUGUACCCGAUUUAUCAGAGUACUUUAAAAAUAAUGAAAAACUAUUUUACUACAUAAUAUAUCAAUUCAUAUAUUCUAUUUGACAAUAAGUGACAUUAAUAAAAUGUAAAUAAUAUAUUUUUAAAGGUAAAAACAAUUGAACACAUACACUACCGUUCACAAGUAUGGGAAAGUUUACGCGCGGGUGGAUUGAAAAAUAUGCCAUAUAUUUUUCGGUCACGUUUCUGCAAUAAAAGAGGAUAGAAAAAAAUUUUAAAACACAUAUCUGUCUUUAACUAAAAAACAAGUUGAUCUCCGAUGCACAGUGGGGCAGAACUCUGAAAACGUCCCGAAAACUCUAAAAUUAAAUUAUUUUUUAAAAGUAUUUGAUGUUCAUAGCAUUAUUCUCUGACCUUUUCUGAGUUAAAAGCACAUUUUAUAGAUAUCUAAAAAAAAAUCUUAUCCUUCUAAAGUUUGUUGAAAUCUAGCUUCCGCAUUUAAAAAAAGUAGCAAAUUAGAAUGAAAAAUACAUCGCCCUCGUAAAAAUAUUAUAUAAAGCUCAAAUUUUAUUAUUUUUCAAUUUUCUAAAUUGGAGUCGUCUCUUGGAAAGUACUGGAAUACAUUUGCAUAAUUUAAAAUUAAUGAUAUCCAUAAUUAAAAAACCUAUUUUACUAAGAAAUACAUGAAAAUGUUUAAAAAAUCAAGUAUAAACUUUUUAAAAAAUAAUUACUCCAAUUAAAUUACAUAAACCUCUAUUGGAUUUUAUAUUCUAUUCAACUAAUAUUUCAGUUAUUAAUACUUAAAAAGUUUUUUGGUCGUUGAUUAUAAAUUUGAAGUCAGAUUUAUGAAAAUUCUAAAUGGUGGAUCUAAUAUGGCGGCCAAAAAUUGUAAAAAUUCAAUUAUUUUUAACAAAUCUUGGAAUAAGGCGGUUUUUUACGUCACUAAUUACUAUUCUACAAUAAAACCGAUGGAAGCUUGCAAUGCCAACUUGAAAAAAUUUGCAAAUGCGCAAUUAAAUUCUAAAACACCUAUGCCUGCGCCUGCGCAUUAAGUUUAUAUUCUUCGGAUAUGACGAUCAAUGUAUUUUGAAAAAUAAAUCGUAUAUAUCAAAUAUUUAUUUAAAAAUCAUAAUUACUCUUCCGUCUUCCAAUAAGUUUAAUUAAAAAAUUGCAAAACUUUUUAAAUAAAAUUAUAUAUUUUAUUUAUUAUUACAUUAAUAAUAAUUAUUUAACGAAAUUGGUUACUUUUUUAAAUAAAAUAUUCGAAAAUGUUUUCAACGAUUUUGACUAAUCAGGCGUCUUCAUAAAAUAAUAACAAAUUUUUUGGUAAUGGUGUCACCUGAAGUAACAUUCAAAUUCGUAAUCAGCGCUCCCAAAAACAUAUAGUUACCAAGUUUUGUAUAAAUCGAAGAAUGUUUUUUAAGUUUUCAGCACGUUUACGGUUACGGUUACGAUUUUGAAUCUUUGAAAUUUUGUUUAUUUGGGGUAUAAAGAUUCAAAAUAUUCCAGAGUUUUUUUCGGCAUCAGAGACCAACUUUUUGUUCGUUAUAGACAGGUGUGAAUAGUUGAAAAGCUUAUUAAAUUCUGUGUAAAAUAAACCAAAUUUAUACUUUUAAAAUAAACUUUAGAAAUUGAAUCCGUUAUUGACUUAUAAUUUAAAUUUCUUUUGUAUUUUUUUUAUUGCAGACAUGAAUUGAUCGAAAAAGUGAUGGCAUUCUUCUUAAUCGAGCUGCGAGUAAGUGUUCCCAUACUCGUAGUCGGUAGUAUAUGUAUAUAAUAACGUCCUUUGAAAGAACGAUUCUAAGAAGCAAAUGAAGUAUAGGUUAUGUUUACGAUAGUUUUGCUUUGAUUAAAAAUCCCUUUUUAUUUAUGUGAAAGCAAAAUGAGUUUCUGUUUAAUACUUUAUAUUCAAUGAAGAAUUAAAUAUCAGUGGUUUGUAUUGAGAGUUUCUAGAACAUAACCUUUAACUUUUUUGCUUCUUAGGUCAUUUCCUUUAUAGUGCGUCGUAAGUAAAUAGAAAAAUUUGGCAUUAAGCUAAAUUCCUAGGCAGUAAAAUAACAAAAAACUAAUUCUUGAUUCUGUCUGAGUUAGCAGUGACUCACUGUUGAUUUGCUGUGACCUCUGCUGUUUUUUAUGCUUAAAUUUGGUUAAAUAAGAGUUAUGUUACAUAUAACUUCUGUUGAAUGUGAAUUCAGUAAAAUGAAAAUACUUUGAAGUAAAUAUUUCGACAAGCAGUAAUUCGAUUAAAGAAGAAUUCUGUUAAUAAAUAAAAAUUCUAUUGCAUAAAAAUUCAGGUAAAUAAAAAUGGUUUUGUAUAAAAAUUCGGUUGAAAAUAAAAUUCUCUUAAAUAGAAAUCCAAUAAAUUUUAAUUCAAUACCGCAAAAAUUCUUAUAAGUUCAAUGUGGGGAAUAUUCAUGCGUUCCGUAAAAUAUUUCUACACGGAGAGAAAUUUUUUGAAAAAAUUACCGUGCUGCCAACUGAAAGGGAAUGCAAAGUACAUUGCAUCAGUUUUUUACUUUGCAUUAUCUUUCAGGAGGUAACAUUGCAAUUUUUCCAAGAAAUUCGUAAUUAGUAAAAUGUAUUUACAAUUGAUUAAUUUAAAUGCCGAAUCUGCAGUUGUCACUAAUCUUACUGCCUAGAAAUAAAGCUUAAUGCCGUAUUCUUCUCUUUGCCUACUAUAUACACAUAUUGUAAAAAAAUAGACUUUUUUCUAUUUUUAUAUUACAAUUUAUUGUAUGAAAUUAAAAUUUUUUUAAAACAUACAAUAAAUGUUUGUUUAUAAUAAAGUCAUAGCAAAACAUCA